AUGAAAGAAAGGGAGUACGACUUGGAGAACGGCAACAGCGAUGACUUGUUCUUUGAGCUUUCCAGGCAACUAGGCGUUCCGCUUCCUCAAAACGGUGGCCACCCAAAUCAACCUGAGCCCUCACACUACUCUCACAGUCAUCGCCAUGGUGGCGGGCUCUCCAUUAUUACUCACACGUCUCCAGCUAUUAACAGAGGCGCCAAUAAUCACCAGUAUGGAUAUGGCCAGAGCCACCGCAACUCACACGGACAUGGCUACCACCCUCCUGGAGAGUCCAUCUACGGCCAUCAAAGCAACCCGUCCAACAACCCACCUGGAGGCCACAGUCACAGCAAUAACAGCUCCAUCUACGGCCAUCAAAGCAACCCGUCUAACAAUCCGCCUGGAGGCCACAGUCACAGCAACAACAGCUCCAUCUACGGCCAUCAAAGCAACCCGUCUAACAACCCACCUGGAGGCCACAGUCACAGCAACAACAGCUCAGUUCAUCGCGGACAGGGAGUAUAUGACGAGAAGCACUAUGACGAGAAGCACUAUGACGACAACCACGAUGGCCAGUCCUUGCGGAAUCGACGACCUGAUCAACUUCAGCAGCGGGAUUUGGAUCAGGGCAAGGCUGAGAGGAUGCUCAAGCGUCAGAAAUCCAAAAAGCAUCCCAAGGAGGACAAGGAGGAAGAGUCCAAGUUCCCCUCCUGCUGGGGUAUCUUUUCAAGGAUGGUGACGUGCUGCUUCCCUUCGCCUCUCUUAGCCUUCAUGGGCAAAAGCACAAAGGAGAUUCAACAAGCAUGGCGCGAGAAGGUUGCGUUGGUGAGCAUUAUCUUUAUGCUAUGUUUUACUGUUGGUUUCUUGACCUUUGGUUUCAACGUCGUCCUCUGUGGAAAGGGACCAAACCGCAUCCGUCACGGUCACGUCGAUACCCAGUCUGCUGUCCUCAUGGGCCGUACCUAUCUUCUCAAGGACUUUAGCCAUCCAGUUGUCCCUGGCAUUGCUCAAUCUACAAGCAACUUGCUCGCAAAGCCUUUCCCUGAUGCUGGUGGCAAGGAUAUGAGCUUUAUGUUCCAGAACAUCAACCGCGCCUGUAAGGGCGUCCUGAGCGGCAAGCAGCACGACCAGAACGGCAAUGUCUGGAACUACUUCCCUUGCGUUGUCACCAGCAUCCGAUCGGAUACCAAGCCCAUGCCGGGUAUGGACAAGCAGGGAUGCCACGUCGGGCCCACCUCGAUCAAGGCUCGUCAGGUUAUCAAGCAGCUUCGGUUCAUGGGUGAGGUGUACUUUAGUUGGGAGGACCUCAAGGAACCAGGCACCAACUAUGCCGUUUACAACGGAAAUGUCCUCGAUCUGAACCGUCUGAACUGGCUGGACGACAACAUUAUUGUCCCCCCUGGAUUGGCUCCCUUCCUCAACGGCACUUUUGCUGGCCAGGAUAUCAGUCUGAGCAUGUCCUUCACUAAGGAGCGCACAAAGAUCACCCAGUGCUUGGUCGAGAUUGUCAAGGUCGGCGUGAUUGACCAAAUGUCACUUGGGUGUGUCGUUGCCGAUAUUGUGCUCUAUGUCUCCCUGAUUGUCAUCCUGAGCGUCGUCCUGUUGAGAUUUUUCUUGGCCGUCAUCUUUGGCUGGGUACUGAGCUGGAGGUUGGGUUCCUUUGACGAGAAGACCUUUGCUGAGAAGUUGAAGCGUCAGGAGAUCAUUGAGGCCUGGGUCGACGACAACACAUCGCCCUACGUCGACAGUCCCAACUCUGAGACUAACCGUCGUGCGGAGCGCAUUCGCGCCAAUGUCAUGGAGGGUUCUCGCUUCAACUUCGAGUCUGGUGCUGCUACUCCCAACGGAUCCCAUGUCUCGGCCGCCACCGAGAUCCCUUUCCCUCUCGGUCUCCCCCCUCCAACUCGUCGCUGGGGCAGUUCACCUCCUAGCCCUCGUGCUGGUGGUUCAUCGAGUGCCUCCCUUGUUGGCUCAUCCAUGCCUCGUCCUGGUCAAAAGCGUGCUGACUCAAUGACUAUCACAGGAACCAACGCUUCUCGCCUCAGCCGCGCCGGUAUCAACGCCUCCAUCUCCAAGAUAAAAGGCGAGCACCAGUGCCCUCUCUUACACACGUUAAUGCUUGUCACAUGCUACUCUGAGGGUGUUGACGGACUCCGUGCCACCUGCGACUCGCUCGCCAACACCAGCUAUCCUGCAACCCACAAGCUGCUACUGAUCAUUGCCGACGGUAUCAUCCGCGGUGAGAACGAGGACAAGACCACCCCCGAAAUCUGCUUGGACAUGAUGACCGACUUUGUUGUCCCCCGCGAAGAGGUUGAGGCGCAAUCUUACGUUGCCAUCGCUGACGGAUCCAAACGCCACAACAUGGCCAAGAUUUACGCUGGAUACUACCGCUACGCCGAUGAUUGCGAGUUGCCGAUGGAGGACCGUCAGAAAGUACCCGUGAUUACGAUCGUCAAGUGCGGAACUCCUGCUGAGGCUCGCGAGAAGAAGCCAGGAAACCGUGGAAAGCGCGACUCCCAGAUCAUUCUCAUGUCGUUCUUGCAGAAGGUGAUGUUUGACGAGCGUAUGACCCCUCUCGAGUACGAGUUCUUCAAUGCCUUCUGGAACGUGACCAAGGUGACUCCCGACUUUUACGAGUUGGUUCUCAUGGUUGAUGCCGAUACCAAGGUCUACCCCGAUUCGCUCACCCGCAUGGUUGCUUGCAUGGCUCAGGAUCCCACUGUCAUGGGUCUUUGCGGCGAGACCAAGAUUGCCAACAAGAAAGAGUCUUGGGUGACCAUGAUCCAAGUUUUCGAGUACUACAUCUCUCAUCACUUGUCCAAGGCCUUCGAGUCCAUUUUUGGUGGUGUGACUUGUCUGCCCGGCUGCUUUUGCAUGUACCGUAUCAAAGCCCCCAAGGGUCCAAACCGCUACUGGGUUCCCGUCCUGGCCAACCCUGACAUUGUCGAGCACUACUCCGAGAAUGUCGUCGAUACACUCCACAAGAAAAACCUGCUCCUCCUCGGUGAGGAUCGCUACCUGACCACUCUGAUGCUCCGAACCUUCCCCAAGCGCAAAAUGAUGUUUGUGCCCCAGGCUGUCUGCAAGACCCAGGUCCCCAACGAAUUCAGAAUCCUGCUCUCCCAACGCCGUCGCUGGAUCAACUCAACUAUCCACAACCUGAUGGAACUGGUUCUGAUUCGCGAUCUCUGCGGCACCUUCUGCUUCUCGAUGCAGUUUGUCAUCUUCAUGGAGUUGGUCGGAACAGUCGUCUUGCCCGCUGCCAUCACGUUCACGCUCUACUUGAUCGCUAUCUCGUUUAUCAUGACCCCAGUCCCGAUCAUACCUCUGUUGCUUCUAGCCGCCAUUCUGGGUCUCCCCGCCAUCCUGAUCUUGAUGACCUCCCGCAAAAUUGUGUACGUUGGAUGGAUGGGCAUGUACUUGCUCUCGCUGCCCAUCUGGAACUUUGUCCUGCCCGCGUACGCGUUCUGGCACUUUGACGAUUUCACGUGGGGUGAGACGCGUAAGGUCCAGGGAGAAGGGGACCCCAAAGACGAUGUCCAUGGUGGCAAGGAAGGAGAGUUUGACUCGAGUAAGAUUGUGAUGAAGAAAUGGUGUGAAUUUGAGAGGGAGAAGCGGAUCAAGUUGGGCUUGACGAAUGGUAUCACUGGAUGGUACCAGCCAAUGUCCAACAUGGCCCAGGAUGACGGUGUUGGCGCUAGCGCUGGUGCUGGCAUGUAG